CUACAAAAAUCCCUAAACCCUAAAGUAGUCUGCCGAAAACCCUAAACCCUAAUUCAUCUUCUAACCCCCACAUACUCAUUCUCCCUUAGUCCCUUCACCCUUGCCUUCUCUUACUUCUUCAUUAGAGGCGGAGGAGAGAGAGAGAGAAAGAGAGAAAGAGAAAGUGGAGAGAAACUAUGAAGACGUAUUUGUUAUCUGAAUCAGCAUCUGGGUAUGGGUUGUUUUUCGCAGAGGGGUUGGAUGAAAUUGGGCAGAACAUAGAAGCAGUUCGAAACUCUGUAACUGACAUCAAUCGUUUCGGUCAAGUAGUCAAGUUAACCGCUUUUCAGCCAUUUGACUCUGCCCUUGAUGCUCUUAAUCAAGCCAGUGCUAUUUCUGAAGGUGUCAUGACUGAUGAAUUGAGAAGUUUCUUGGAGCUUAGUUUCCAAAACUCAAAGGCCAAGGAAUUCAUUCUUGGAGUAGCAGACUCUAAACUUGGAGCAAGUAUUUCUGAAGAGACUAAGAUUCAAUGCAGAAGUAAUGAGUUUGAUAUGGAGCUUCUGCGUGGUGUGCGUUUGCACUUCGAAAGGUUCAUCAAGUAUCUUAAGCCUGGAGAUUUAGAGAAAGCUCAGUUGGGUUUGGCACACAGCUACAGCAGGGCUAAGGUCAAGUUCAACGUUAAUCGAGUUGACAACAUGGUCAUACAAGCAAUCUUCCUCCUUGAUACUCUCGACAAAGAUGUAAACUCAUUUUCUAUGCGAGUCAGGGAAUGGUAUUCAUGGCAUUUCCCUGAAUUGGUCAAGAUAAUCAAUGACAACUAUUUAUAUGCGAAAGUGGCAAAAUAUAUUGACAACAAGUCAGAGUUGUCUGAGGAGAAGCUUCCUGCCUUGACUGAAGUUGUUGGUGAUGAGGAUAAAGCAAAGGAGAUCGUUGAAGCUGCCAAAGCAUCUAUGGGGCAAGAUUUGUCUCCCGUUGACUUGAUUAAUGUCAAGAUGUUUGCUCAAAGAGUAAUGGAUCUUGCUGAGUAUAGGAAGAAGCUUUACGAUUACUUGGUGACAAAAAUGAAUGACAUUGCGCCAAACUUGACCUCUUUGAUUGGUGAGAUGGUUGGAGCCAGAUUGAUCUCCCAUGCUGGCAGUCUUACAAAUCUGGCAAAGUGCCCUUCUUCCACACUCCAGAUUCUUGGUGCUGAAAAAGCACUCUUUAGGGCCCUGAAAACAAAAGGAAACACACCAAAGUAUGGUUUGAUAUUCCAUUCAUCUUUUAUUGGCCGAGCAUCUUCUCGGAACAAGGGUCGGAUGGCGCGUUACCUUGCAAACAAGUGCUCAAUUGCCUCUCGUAUUGAUUGUUUCACAGAGAAGAACUCUACUAUUUUUGGUGAAAAGCUACGCGAACAGGUAGAGGAGCGACUUGACUUUUAUGACAAGGGAGUUGCACCUCGCAAGAAUAUUGAUGUCAUGAAAGCAGCAAUUGAAGUUUCCCAAAAGGAUGAUGAUGAUAUAGACACAGAUCAGCCAGAUUCUGCAGUGAAAAAGAGUAAGAAAAAGAAAGAGAAGAAGAAAGAUGAAGACAUGGAAGAAGAUCAUGGAGAUGCCAAGUCUGAGAAGAAAAAAAAGAAAGAGAAGCGCAGAUUAGAACAAGAAGAAAAUGGGGAGAAGGAAGAUGGAACUAUCAAGAAGAAGAAGAAAAAGAGCAAAGAUGAUAGUGAGGAUGUUUCAGCUGUUAGCGAGGGCAAGAAGAAGAAGAAGUCAAAAUGAAAAAUAGGAUUAUGAUCCAUGUUCCGUAAUGGUCUGUGUUUUUGCCAGAUUUUGAUCUGCUGCAUCAUUUUAUUGGUUGCAGCUCCAUGCGAUUGCUUAUAGAUAUGGUGGAUCAAUUUUGGGAUGUAGUCAUCAUUUCUUCGUUUUAAUUGUAUUGUAGGAACUGAGAUGUUUAUGAUUGACAAGAAAUUACGAUAAUGGCUGAAUAUGUUUUAUGUGUUUCAGAA